AUGGCUGAAAACAAGCAGCUUCGUCAUGUUGUUUUGCUGAAAUUCAAAGAAGACACUCCACCAGCAGAUAUAACUCGUCUGGAAGAUGAAUUUCGUUCGUUAGCUAAAGUGAAAGUCUCCGCAGUUAAACAAUAUGAAUGGGGUACCAAUGUCAGUAAAGAAAACCUUGAUCGAGGUUAUACGCAUUGUUUUCUAUUGACGUUUGCCAAUGAACAAGACCGAGAUACAUAUCUUCAUCAUGCAGAUCAUAUGGCUUUCGUCGAACUUUUGAAACCACAUAUGAGUGAAGCAACUGUGAUUGACUAUUGGGCACAUCAUUAA